AAGAUCUGAAGAAGACUACCAGACCCCCAUCAGACGAGGAAGAGCCUCAUUAAACAGGAAAUGAAUAUGAGUGCGUCCUUUGAGAAGCUUCUGGAUUUGAGUUCGGGAGACUCUCACACCGCUGGAAUGAAGCCAAUAACCUUUGUUAGACAGGUCAUCGCUGGAUGUUUGUAUCCGAGUGUCUUGCAGAGCGACGCUCUUCCUCCUGACGCUCGUCUCAGAGCUCAGAUGUUACUCCAGCACUUUGAUGGAGGCAGUAUCGGUUCAUACACUGGGUCCUGUGGAUCGAUGUACGUGAGAAACACUAUAGCGAAGUUCAUUUCUCUGCGGGACGGAGGAGUCCCAUCCAGUCCAGAGCAAGUCUUCAUCACUGUUGAAGCCCAGAGAGGUUUGAUGGUGAUGAUGCGACUGCUGUGUCAAUCAGAGGGCGUGUCUUCAGUUAUGAUCCCAGACCCCGCCCCUCACUCUCUGACACGCCUCCUGGAGUGGAUGGGCGUGGUUCCGGUGCCCUAUCGGCUUCAAGAACAGUGUGGGUGGAGUUUGGAGAGGGCGGAGCUUAACAGAGUAAUCAAGGCGUCAAGGGGGCGGAGCUCUCCACGGGCAAUUUAUAUCAGCAACCCUGGCAACCCGACAGGGCAUGUCCAGUGCAGAGAGUCCAUCGAGGAUGUGAUUCGCUUCGCUGCCGACGAAGACCUUUUCUUGCUGGUCAACGAGGUUUAUCAGAACACAGUUUUUGCGGACGGCCCAGAGUUCGUGUCCUAUAAGCGUGUUCUGGCUGAGAUGGGAGACCCUUAUUCUGAGAGCGUUCAACUGGCCUCGCUUCACUCGCUCUCCAACGGCAUAAUGGGAGAGUGUGGUUUCAGGACGGGUUAUAUGGAGCUGGUGAACGUCGAUCGAGCUGUAAUGUUAUACGCUGAUACGCUUCUGACGGGAGAUUUGUGCCCUCCUGUGAUUGGUCAGAUUGCUCUUGAUGUCAUGGCUGAUCCGCCCCGUCCUGGAGAACCUUCCUACGCUUUAUACACACAGGAGGUGGCGUCUAGGCUAAAGACUCUGAAGUGUAAUGUUUCCAGGGCUGUGGAGUUCAUUAAUGGUCUUCCGGGAUUCAGCUGUCAGUCAGUUCAGAGCGGAGUCUUCAUCUAUCCGUACCUGACUCUUCCUCACUCAGCUGUGACACACUCACAGUCUGUGGGGUCGUUGUACAGCAGGAGGUUGUUGGAGGAUCAGGGUGUGUGUGUCGGGAUCAAUGAAGAUCACAAACAUUCACGGAGCUGCAGCCACUUCAGGUUAUGUGUGCUGAUGCCAUCAGACGAACUGGAGGAGGCUCUCCGUCGCCUUCGAUGUUUUCACUUUCAGUUCCUCAAGGAACACUGUAAAAUUACAUUUAGUGCACCACAACAGAGUACUUAAAUAAGUGUAAUUAAUGCACAAAUUCAUAUUGGCCUACUGAUG